UGAAAUUUAUGAAUAAAAUCUACGUGAUCCGCGAUUGUUUACAUUACUUUUACAUUGUAAUAUUAUUGUAAUAUGUAAUGAUUACAAUUUUUUACAAUUUUUUUUACACUAUAAAAUAAAUUAAAAUAAUUAUUUAACUGAUUAUUUUUGACGUUAAGUGAAUCAAGUGAAUGAAAUCAAUAAUAGUUCUUCAAUAGCAUCCUAAAAAGUGAAAACACUAACAAACCAACAAAAAUGGCUUCUUCUGAAUUAAAUGGCCGAUCUCCCCAAUCGUUGUCUUCAUCGCCACCAUCAUCCCCAUCGUCUGCGUCAUCUUCGUUAUGCUUUCAGUUGUCGGCCACAGCCAAGAGGCAGAAGUUUCUUCGGAGGUUGUUUAAAUUUCGACAAAUGGACUUUGAAUAUGCUCUCUGGCAAGUCAUCUAUCUGUUCAUUGCUCCACAGAAAGUAUACAGAAAUUUCAGUUAUAGAAAACAAACAAAAAAUCAGUGGGCUAGAGAUGAUCCAGCAUUCCUUGUUUUAUUGACUAUUUGUCUUAUUGUAUCAUCGCUGGGUUACUCAAUCGUCCUUGAACUUGGUGUGGCAGGGUUUUUUAAAUUCUUCUUCUUUGUCAUCUUCAUAGACUGCAUCGCUGUUGGGAUCAUCAUAGCUACACUGCUUUGGUUCAUAACGAACAGGUAUCUGAUAGUUCAACCACCCACGAGGUGUGAUGUCGAGUGGGCGUACUGUUUCGACAUUCACCUCAAUGCAUUCUUCCCACUACUCACCAUAUUACACUUUCUGCAGCUGCCCUUUCUCAAUUAUUUCAUCUCGUACUCCAUCAUAAUGUGCUUCUGUAGUAACACUGUCUGGUUCAUUGCCAUUGGCUAUUAUCUCUAUAUCACUUUCCUUGGAUACAGUUUGCCCUUCUUGAAGAGGACGAGGAUGUUGUUGUAUCCCUUCACGAUCGUGGCCAUCAUCUACGUCCUCUCCGUCAUUCUAAAUAUCAACUUUGACAGGAUCCUCUGCGACUUCUACCACUUCCGCACUCAUGGCGUCGUUACUUUCAUUUGAAAAAAUUUUAAAAAAAACUUGGUUCCCUGAUUGUUUGUUUGGUUAGUUGGUUGAUUGAUUGAUUGAAAAAUUGAUUGACUGAUUGAAUUCAUUCAUUUUUAUAUUUCAAACAUAAAACUGGUGUUAAUAAUAGUUAACGUUGUUGCAUUUUAUAUUAUUAUUGUUCCUUUUAUUUAUUUUCUAAUUAUUAUGGUGAUAUUUAUUGAAUAUAUAGACGUAACAUUCUGUGAAAUAAUAAAGAAUUUAUUAUUGGUUUGGUAGUUGAAUAAACAUUCGUGAAUGAUUGUUGGAUGGAGGAAGAAUGAAUGAAUUAAUGAUUGAAUAAAUGAAUGAAUGAAUGAAUGAAUGAAUGAGAAAAAACUAUUGAGAUUGUUACACUUUGAAAUUUGUUUUACCAAAUAAAUAUAGCUCUCACUAUAUUCUACCAUUCUUUAUAUUAUUAUCAUCGUUAUCAUUUUUUAUUAUUGUGAUUUUUUAAUUAGAUUUCAAACAGAAAUAUUCCUGCUACUACCACUACUACUACCACUACUACUACUACUACUACUACUACUACUACUACUACUACUACUACUGCUUCUACUACUACCACUUCUACUACUACUACUACUACUACUGCUGCUUCUACUGCUAAUACUACUACUAAAAUGAUAACAGUUACACUUUUAUUGUUACUAAUAUUCUACUGUUGGUAUAUAUAAGGACAGAUGUUAUCGCUAUUAGUAUUUAUACUGCAAUGCAUAGUAAAAAAUACUUACAUUACUACUGCUAAAUUUUAAAAAGAAACAUGUCUGACAGGUAAAAUUAUUUGCUACAAGCUUCGAGGAACAUUUUGUAAUUGUAAAUUAUCGUUGUUAUACAAAUAUGUAAAUAUUAGCAUUUUAUAUAUGUUUGUGUUCUUACAAUAAAGUUUAUAGUUGGAAGA